GUUUCAGAAGAAGAAAAUGGGGUGCAAGUCUUGUGAGAAGCCAAAGCAGAGGCACAGGAAAGGGUUGUGGUCACCUGAAGAAGACGAUAAGCUCAGGAAUUACAUCCUCCAAUACGGCCAUGGCUGUUGGAGCUCCGUUCCCACCAAAGCCGGUCUGCAAAGGAGUGGGAAGAGCUGCAGGUUAAGGUGGAUUAACUACUUGAGGCCUGGUUUGAAGCGCGGCCUCUUCACCUUACAAGAGGAGGAAACUAUCUUGUCCCUUCAUCACAUGUUAGGCAACAGGUGGUCUCAGAUUGCUCAGCAUUUGCCUGGAAGGACUGAUAAUGAAAUCAAGAACUUCUGGAAUUCCUAUCUGAAGAAAAAGGUUUUCAAAGCUGAAGCUUCAGGAGCUCAAAGUAGCAAUUCCCAAUCUCUAAUGGAGUCCACACCUACACCAACAUAUCCAACCAACACCCAAGUCUCAAGUUUCGAUUCUUUUAAAUUCAUGAAAGACUCUCCCACCGAUACAGACCAAUCCGUUCCACAAACUUACGAUUUUCAUCACCACCCCAUUAAAGAAACAACACAGAGUUCCCUACCGAAACUUCUAUUCGCAGAGUGGCUCUCCUCCGAUACUAUUCAUAGCCGGACCAGCUUCGUCAAUUGCGGCGAAGAGGUAAUCCCUAGAGGAAACUCCGACGACUUGAACCUCGACGACGAUUCAUUCAGACACAACUUUUUGCAUUAUGAUGGACCUUUUAGUGGUGAAUUCCAUAAUCUGUUCGGCAAUAUUAAUGGCUCUACCGCCGGCCAAAGACUGAUUCCACAGUUCGAUUCCAUCGCCGGAAAUGGGUUCUCCGAUUUUGUUUCUGUCGGACAGAGUUGCAGUGAUUUCAGCUUAGCCGCCCAUGACGUAAUCUAUUGAUUGAAAGAGAUCGUUAAAAGUGUUAUUAACUGUAAA